GAUACCCAUUAUCGAUAUGUAAACAAUUGAGCAUUUGCGAUCCAAUAUCACUUGAGAUUGUGAAGUUUUAAUGUAAACUGAACCAAAAUAAUUGAAAUUAUAGUUAUGUUUGAAUGUAGUAUAUGUUUUAAUGUCGCAAUAUGUGACUGAAAUAAACGGAUAUUAUACAAUCACGUGUGUAACUAGAAUAUGUGACUGAAAUAAUCGGAUAUUAUACAAUCACGUGUGUAACGUGAUAUGUGCCUGAAAUAAUCGGAUAUUAUACAAUCACGUGUGUAACGUGAAUAUGUGACUGAAAUAAUCGGAUAUUAUACAAUCACGUGUGUAACGUGAAUAUGUGACUGAAAUAAUCGGAUAUUAUACAAUCACGUGUGUAACGUGAAUAUGAAACAGAAAUAAUCGGAUAUUAUACAAUCACGUGUGUAACGUGAAUAUGUGACUCAAAUAAUCGUAUGUUAUACAAUCACGUGUGAAACGUGAAUAUGUGACUGACAUUAUCUGAUUAUAUUUGAACACGUGAGUCUACUUGGGUGUACUUUUUUAAAGAGAUUGACAUGCAUCGAAUAAUCGGCAUAUCCCGGUUGCUUUUUCUUGGACGAGGCCUCUGACUAAUAUCCGUCGACCAAAUGUAAGGCCAUCGAGCAAGGCUGACACUGCUCUGUCCUCGACAAUGCUGCUGUCUAUCAUGAUUGGACUUGGCUGUGACACCGCGUGGUUGAUGCUCGCAUUCUUCGUCAUCUCGGGAACCAACUCACAAGGCUACGGCCCCAUCAAGCAAACAACGAAAGGGAAAGUGCAGGGCCUGCGUAUGAAAGUUGGCACAGCAGAAGUUGACAUUUAUUACGGUAUCCCCUAUGCAAAACCCCCGCUGGGCAAUCUCCGCUUUAGGCACCCAGUCCCUGUUGACCAUUGGACGGGGUUGCUGAACGCGACGGUGCGCCCGAACGCCUGUUUUCAGCCUACGUCAGACCAUGUUUUUCCAAAUUUUGAAGGAGCUCAAGUGUGGCUUCCAAACACCAAUGUCAGUGAGGAUUGUUUGUAUCUUAACGUGUACGUGCCGAAUACACCGAAUAACGGACAUUCGGUUUACGGCAAGGACGUCAUGGUGUGGAUCUUCGGCGGCGGCUUCUACGCCGGCUCAGCAGUGCUUGACGUGUAUGAUGGACGCUACCUGGCGGCGGAAAACGACAUUAUUAUUGUGACUAUACAGUACCGACUGGGCUCACUUGGGUUUCUGGCCAUGUACCACCCAGAGGCGCCGGGAAACGCUGGUUUGUUUGAUCAGGUGCUUGCCUUAGAUUGGGUGCAACAGGAUAUUCAUAACUUCGGCGGCAACCCGCGCUCUGUGACGUUGUUUGGCGAGAGCGCGGGCGCUGUUAGUGUUGGAAUGCAUAUGCUGUCUCCGCUGAGUCUGGGAAAGUUCCACAAAGUGAUUUUACAGAGUGGUGCACCCCACGCCGCAUGGGCGAUUCUCUCGGAUAAGGAAGCUAAGAAUAGAUCAAGGAAACUCGCAAAGAGCCUUAACUGCGGCAAUUUUAGCAAUUUCCUUGAAGUACCGGACAUUAUAGAAUGUCUUCGAGGUGUGCCGGCGUUGAAUAUAACAUAUAGCGACUGGGAAGGAAUUACAGAUUUUGGCGUUGUAAGGUUCCCCUUUGUUCCCAUAGUUGACGGGUCCUUCUUAACGGAGGCGCCUGAAAAAUCUAUCAAAUCCAAAAAUUUCAAAAAAUGUCCAGUUUUAUUGGGCCACAAUACAAACGAGGCAUUUUACUGGCUUUUAUACUACAGCAACGGAAACUACUUUAAUAAAGACUCGGAGCCCAAAUUCACGCAAAACGAAUUCGAUCGUCAAUUGGACGAUUUGUUUUCCUAUCACCCAUUUUACCCGAAAGAACUCAACUCCUUCGGCAAGGAGGCUAUUAAGUUCCAGUACCGAAAUUGGCUCAACCCCAACGACCAGGCGAUGAACGCCUGGCAAUUAGAUAUGGCGGUGGGAGAUUUCAACUUCAUCUGCCCCACCGUGGACUUUGCACUGCUCACAUCGGAGGCUGGAAGUAGUGUCUACUAUUACGUUUUUGAGCACCGCUCUAGCGUCCACCUCUGGCCAAACUGGAUGGGCGUGCUGCAUGGAGACGAGAUCAACUUCGUGUUUGGCGAACCGGAGAACAUAAGCAAGGGCUACACACACGAGGAGGUUACAUUCUCGCGGAAAAUUAUGCGAUAUUGGACCAAUUUUGCAAAAACUGGGGAUCCAAACCGACGGCCAGGUCACGUCAGCAUGGACGAGUGGCCGCUUUUCAACAACGUGACACGUGAACACCUCAUUCUGCGACCAGAGCUCAUCAACCGCGUGGACAAGUCACGUGCUAUCGGCCGCGGGUCACGUGCCAACGAAUGCGCAUUUUGGCGGCACUACCUCCCGGAACUGGUUUUAAAAACAGCGGACAUGUCGCAAAUGGAAGUUGAAUGGAAAAUGCAGUUCAACGAAUGGAGCACGAAAUACAUCGUAGAGUGGAAAACGCAGUUCGACAGUUUCUUGUUGGACAAUGGAUUGAAAAAAUCCGAAAGAUGUCCGUCGCCUUAAAAUCCGUCAUUUCACAAAAACAUUGUCAUAUCACAACGAAAGAUUUAAACCACCAUUGGUAUUACACAAGUCAGAACGACGUCGCAUUUACAGAUAAUAAAUGUCUCAUAUAAGGAUGUGAGGUGAUAUACUAGUAAGUAACAUUUAACUCAUUUAAACCGCCUUGAGCACGUCAUCGUUUGGGAUGACAGAAAAUGGAAGAUCCAAGCCAUGUCUCUAUAAAGCAGUUAAUGGUAAUUGAAAACAUAUAUCACUUGUGUUACGAUAUGGAUUUAUCUGUUCGUAAUUCGUUUGGAAAUAUUAAGGUUAUGUUAACGUGUUGAUCAGCUGCUUGCAACACAAUAAAACCUAUACAUACUUUGCAUAUCCAGAACAAAUAAUGUUCUAAAUUAGAGUAUCCUUCUUAAGGCCGCAUGAUAUGUUCAGAUUAAAUAUAUAAUAACGGGCCAAGUCUUGAUGUACGUGUGGACAGCAUACAACCACAUGUAUACACUUGUACACUUGCCGACCGGUACAUAAAACUUAUUGAGUGGGAUGCAUUUACAUAAUCGUGUAUGCUUUUGUGACAUUUAGCAUUUUACGCGUUGAAAACAGCUUCAUAACAAUUUUAUUGACACUCACAAUGUGAGAGCAACACAUGUGCAAUACUUUAUGUGAUACAGAGAACGUAUGAAUGCCUCUGAAUGUUUUUAAUCGUUGAAACACACUUUAAUCAAAACUUAUUGAGAUCCUUACCAUCAAGACAUUUAUGAAGACUCACGUAAAAGCGUUAAGUAUAUUACAAGGCCGUUUCUCGAAAGCAUUGUGGGUAAUACAUGUAUAUCUGUUGCAUCACACACCAUGGAACACUAGUAUGCAUACACAACUUACUAAUGAUAAUACUUGUAUAUUCUUCUAACUUAAGGAUCAAUCAUGCUUGAAAUUUCCAAAAUCUUACACACGUGCUUUCCUUGAUUUUAAUUUACUCAACGAAUUUCUUAGGUAAUGAAAUAUGCAUC